GUGUGUGUGCACAUGCCCCCACAACACUACACUAAAGCUGAGCUGGCAAGGAGGAAGUGAUGUGCUCACUUUAACGUAAAGUCUGGCAGAUAUAUAGCAGCUCUCUCAUCCCUGACUUCAGCACAAGUGUUUAAUCCACACUUUCCAUUGCGACUCAGCAGCACAAGAAGACACACCAGACACUCGCUGGGAUUUACAUAGAAAGUAAGCAGAAUGAAGCUGACUUUGGUGAUUCUCUGCCUCCUCGGAGCUGCCAGUGCAAAUCCAAUUUUGCACAGCGUUGCCAUGGAGACAACAGAUGCUGCGUCAAACUCUACCUCCUCAAUGUCGGAAUCUACUGAAGAAAUCAAUGCUGUAGACCAAGAUAGCUCACAGGAAAAUACUUCUGAGGACACGACCUCAGAAUCUACAGAGUCCAGCUCUUCUGAGCAGACUUCGGAAAAAAGCCAAAGCCACUCUCUGGAAGAACGGUUUGCCACUGGAGAGACUGGAACGACGGUCGAUGACAGCCAAGGAAGCAACGAGAACUUGCGCAAGAAUUGGAUCCGUGUCUUUAGCCCCCAGGAGAUCAGUUCUGAAGACAACAGCACAUCAGUCAGCAUGGCGUUAGUUAGCAGCGAGAACAGCAAAUCUGCAGAAAUCCAGGAGAACAGUUCCAAGAGCAGCAGCAGCAGUAGCGAGAGCAGCGAGUCUACAGAGAGCAGUGAAAGCAGUGAGAGCAGCAACCUAGAGAAGAACUCCAACAGCAGCAGCGAAAGCAGCGAGUCGAUCGAGAGCCAAGAGAACAACUCCAACAGCAGCAGCAGCAGCAGCAGUAGCAGCAGCAGCGAGAGCAACAGUGCCGAGUCGAAUGAAAAUCAGCCGAAAGCUUCUGACAGCAGCAGCGAGAGCAACAGUGUCGAGAACAGCGCCAUGAAAAGCAGCAACAGCUCCAGCAGCGAGAGUCAUGAGUCUACCGAGUCUGCCGAGUCGACCAAUAGCAAGCAGAGCAACUCAAAUGAGUGUCAGCCAGGAGCCGCCUGUGACAGUGCCAGCGACAGCACCAGCGACGAAUACGACCUUCAGAGCGUCGGAGACGACGGUGCCAGCGACCCAUUUAACAGCUUCCACGUGCCUGACAGCACCGAGCACGAGGUCGCGUUUAGGAGAUGACCGAACACACCCUGACAUUCUGAUUAUUACUCUAGCUAGUGGUAGUGACUCUGUUCUGAAAUGUGCAGUGGUGGAAAUCCCAGGAGAGAAUUAUCAUCACGAUAAUUACAGCAUUAAAAGAUGCAGGCCUCUUUAUUAACACCGAAGAUUCAUGUUUCUAUCUAAAAUAGCUUUAAUCUGCAAUAUAAGCUAGGUGUGUUAGAGAAUACUUUCUGUGUGCUUUAGAAAUAAGGACAGCUUUUAUUAUUGAAGCUUUUAAUAUAGAAUACCUCAGAGAAUCGGCUUCAGAUUAAAACGACACUAAAAAAACAUUUAGCCCAUUUAUUCUCAUCACUUCAGUUGACUUAUUUCUCAAAUACACUCCAAACUAUACCAAGAAAGUUCUCAUUGCAUCACCAGCUCUCAGUUUCUCUUUGUCUUUUUGCUUAAAAAUAUUUGAAUGUAACUGUGCAAGUACUCUUCUUAUUUGCUGAACGUAUCUAUUAAUUUUAUACAAUAAAAUAAAAUAUUUAUUGUACUUGAAUUUUAUU